AUGAGGCGGCGUUGGCAAGCUCUCUCCUUCUGUCUUGUCAUCCUCCUCUUCACCCUUGUCUCGUCCAGCGCUUCCACUCUACAAGACACUUGCAAGACCGUCGCCGUAAAUAACAAGGACAUCGGCUAUGACUAUUGCAUCAAGUUUUUCCAGGCCAACAACGCCAGCGCCACCGCCGACAAGCGCGGCCUCGGCGACAUCGCCACCGAGAUUAGCCGCGCAGCAGCCUUGGACAUCGGCAAGCGCAUCGACACCCUCAUGGCUUCGGAGAAGGACAAGACGGUCCAUGGGCGCCUCUCCGACUGCCGCGUGCUGUACUCAGCCGCGGUCAACAUGCUCAAGUCGGCGGCAAACCUCAAUGCCGUGAUAUCGGGCACCGACACCUGUGAGCAAGGGUUCCGCGUGCUAGGCGUUACUUCACAACUAGCCGCCGAUGACGCCGAUUUCAUUAAGGACUGCUCCAUUGCUCUCAUUAUAACGAGCUCGUUGUUGUAG